CUAGGAGUGGGGUUUGCAACACGGCAGGUGGGGAAUGUGACUAAACCCACUGUGAUAAUCAGCAGCGAGGGGGACAAAGUAGUGAUCAGGACUCAAAGCACUUUCAAAAACACAGAAAUCAGCUUUAAACUUGGAGAGGAAUUUGAUGAAACUACCCCCGACGAUAGAAACUGCAAAUCAGUUGUGACCCUGGAUGGAGACAAGCUAGUGCAUGUACAGAAGUGGGACGGCAAAGAGACAAACUUUGUGAGAGAAAUAAAGGAUGGCAAAAUGGUCAUGACUCUCACCUUUGGUGAUGUGGUUGCUGUUCGCCACUAUGAGAAAGCGUAGAGUUUACCUGACCUCUGUCCAGAUGUUACUUCUGCUGGAUGGAUUAACGUACCGUCCAUAACUGAACGUAGCUAAAAUGCACACUUCUGGCAUGAAAGGUUAAUAAAAAGUUGGGGGGAGGAGGAGGGCGGUGUUUUUUUUUUUUAAAAAAAACCUUUAUGCCAUCAAAUUGGCAAGCUUGUGCUGUAUAGUGAAACAGGUUAAACGGCAUUAAAUUUCUGAAACACUUGCCUCUCUUUUUUUACAGUAAAUGGAACAUAUUUGAAUUGUUUUGGAAUGCAGAUCAAACAGAAAUUAAAAAGUUUUUUAAACCUGUG